AUGGUGGGGUACCUGAAGAUUUUGGGAUACGUUUUACUUCUCUCUUGUGUCUCAUCGACUGAAUCCCGCGUUCUGAAAUUUGUUGUCGCCGUAAGUCUUUUCAGUUCUGCUUUACUGUUCUGGGGUUUGUUUUGAAAUGUUUGAUGAAAUCCUGACAGAUUUAACACUUGCUUUAUGCUUGAAGGGAAAAUAAGUAAAAAGAUAAUCAAUAAUCAUAUUGUAUUUCAUGCCUGAUGUAGGAGCCAUGUAUUAACCCAAUCAAUCAAGCUUAAUUUAACCCAAUUUAGCCCAAUUUAUACCUGGUUCUAACAUGUGUCCUUUGUUCUAAUCUUGUCCACAUUUUGAUUGUGCCCACAUUUUUAGACAGGUGUAGAUGAUUAAAAGACGCAUUGUUUUCUGAUUGUGAUCAGAUCUUCCUGACCACCUCCGGAGGGACUAGGAUAUCUGGUCACAAUGAGGACACAGUAAACAGAUAAGAGAUACAUUUUAAUACCAUGUGGAGAUGCAACGGCUAAUAUGUCGGCACAAUCAGAAUGUGGAUAACAUUAGGACAAAGCACACGUUAGCACCAGGUAUAAAAGAUACUUCUGCAUAUCACAUAAGAAUAUAAGACAUAUGACUUGUGUACGGUACUGUAGCUCUAUACAUAUGACAUAAAACAUAUGACUGGCGUAAGGUAUUUCGUCAUGGCGAUCGAUCCCCCAUUGAGUCAUUUCCCAUGGACCCUCAUGGAGAGGAAGUGUGGGAACAAGGCUUCGGGCAGCUAACUGAGGUACAGAAAUCCUAUUUGAGUAUGCAAUGACAAUGAUAUUUCAAAAAAACAUAUCCCAAUACCUAUAUUUUCAUUCUGAAUGUGCCUGUAACUUCUACCACAACAAUAAGACAACUAUAAGCUUAAGCAAGCACACACAUUUUUUUUAGGAAAAGUUGAAGGAGUCUGUCAUGAAAUGUUAGACAAUCCUGUACCACAUCAAAAACAAGCAAUAUUAUCACAGUAGUAUCUCCCAAAUCAUCUCUGUAGAAGUUCUUACUUGACCUAGGCUGUUGUGUGAGGUCUAAGCUUUCUCUCGUCUUUUUUUGUCUCACUUGGCUCAGUUGGGGAUGAGACAGCAGUUUGAUUUGGGCAGGUUUCUAAAGAGACGCUAUGGACACUUCCUCAGUGAAGACUACAACAGCAAAGAGGUGCGUUACUGGAGCCCAAACGUGUACAUAUUACACAGGAGAGAAAUUACAUUGAUUACCAUGUGUGCUGCUUGUGCAUUUGAGUCGUGCCAUAUCUAUUUCGGGCUAUACGUCUAUGUUCUUUGGAGCAUAUGACCACACGUUAUGUGGUACUUAGUGCCUGCAAUGUCUGUUUUGGUGUAGGCUAAUGAGAAUGACUCAUGUUGAUGACAUCAUCACCCCGGCCUCAUAACAUGAUGUAACAUGUGGGCUAGUCUCGCCUGAUCUCGCAUUAGACUGCAUGCAUGUUGUUUGGCUCUGUGUGCCCCAAGGCUGUUUGGAUCAUACUGGCAUUACAACAAAGAUCUGAUUUCCCUCUUCCCGUCACUCUCUUUCUUCCUCCAUUCUAUCUCUUUAUAUUUUUCUCUCUCGUCCCCCUCCCUCUGUCCAUAAAGUAACAUGCAAUUAUCACCAAAAAUAACUACUUUACUAAUUCGCUGUCGCUAAGGAUUUGUUGUCGCACUCAAGUUUCAGCUCAUGCUGUACCUUUCAUGUCCCCUUGACAUCCGAAUUCAAACAAGCUUUAUCGGCAUCACAGGAAAAGCCAAUGUUGUCAAAAUGAUUUACAGUGUGCAAUCACUUCACAUAUGAUGACAGAAAAGGGAAAAGCACAUUUUAAGUAGAACAUAUUCAUUCUUAAUACAGUAAAGCUUUGUUCCAUUAUGCACACUGGCAUACCCCUUACUGUACAGUGAAGCAGUUUUUUGGACAUGCAUUCUCUAAGUGGUAUGCUGGUAUAGACAUAGGAACCUAAGCUUUACUUCUUCCGCUCCACACAGGUGUACGUGCGGAGCACAGACUAUGACCGCACUCUAAUGAGUGCCCAGGCUAACCUGGCUGGGCUGUUCCCCCCAAACAGACGCCCCCCUCCCCUCAUGCCCCAGUUACCAUGGCGGCCCAUUCCAGUGCACACUGUCACCAGAGCCCAGGAUAAGGUAGGCGGGCGCAGGGCUCUAAAGUGCGACCAAAUAUUUUGCUGUGCGACCAGGAGUUUUAUUUUGGGAGCACUGAGCGACUAUGAAAAAAAUCUGUAACGAUAAGGCUUCGCUGUACCAUUGUUUCUGGGUGCCCUAGAGAAACAACUGAAGGCAGAUUCAUUCGCGUCGUGGUUAAACAAUUACUACAGCGAAAACGGCGUGCUUCUAGCCCAACCAGGUCAAAAGAUCUGACCCAUAUUAUCGGCCUAACAUUUGUAUCUUCCUAUAGCGGAUCGAUCACUAGCUGUCAGCUCCCUCCAGAAAAGACAGGUAGAGGAACGGUAACGUAUGGCGGAUGGUUGGAAAUGGCGGCGAGUAGUGCGGACGAAGUGGAGGAAAUGGUUGGAGAAGCAACAGCUGUGCUGGAAUGCGAUCAAUAUGGGUGACAGUUCUGAUGAUGUGGAGCGGGAGGAUUAGGGUCAAGGAUCUGAAUGGUCUGUAGUGGAAAGAGAUAGGAAGAAGAGAGAUAAUGAUACUGAAAGCAGUGGAGCGUCUAGUAUACAAAGCAUAAAGAGGGCCAAGGUAGGAAGCAAGAGUAAUAAUGUGUCGGAAUGGAAACUUGUGAUGGUGUUUGAUGAGACCACAUGGCCUCAUUUACACCCUAUCCAAUUAACCAAUGCCAUAGAGAAAGAGAUAGGUGAAGUCAAACUAGCCAGGUUCAUUAGAAAUGGUAGAUUGCUAAUAUUUUGUGGUAGCCAGGCUCAGCAAGGGAAGAUUCUGCAAAUGUAAAAGCUUAAUGGGAAGAAGAUUAAAAGCCACGUCCCUGGUGCUUAUGCUAGGUUGAGGAGGGUCAUCACUGGGGUCCCAAUAUCUAUGUCCAUAGAUGAUAUUAAAGAAAAUGUGAAGGAAUGCAGAGUGAUUGAGGCCAAAAGGUUGAUCAGAAGGAAAGAGGGUCAAAAAAGUGAAAGCUUAUCAGUGCUGCUGAGGUUUGAGAAGGUUUUUCCUGGAAAAGUACAGAUAGGAUUCCUUAGUUUCAAUUUCAGAGAAUUUGUCCCAUCCCCAUUGCGGUGUUUUAAAUGCCAAAAAAUGGGACAUAUAGCUGUUCAGUGUAAAGGAAAGAAAAGAUGUGCCAAGUGUGGAGGGGAACAUGAUUACGGUGAAUGUGGGAGCAAUGUGAAGGUUAAGAGUUGUAAUUUUUUUACAUUACAGCCUUAUUCUAAAAUUGACUAAAUAGUUUUUUUCCCCCUCAUCAAUCUACUCACAAUACCGCAUAAUGACAAAACAAAAACAGGUUUUUAUAAUAUUUUUUCCAAAUAAAAUAACAAAAUAACUGAAAUAUCACAUUUACAUAAGUACUCAGAACCUUUACUCAUAUCAAAUUUUAUUUGUCACAUGCGCUGAAUACAACAGGUGUACAGUCGUGGUCAAAAGUUUUGAGAAUGACACAAAUACUAAUUUUCACAAAGUCUGCUUCCUCAGUUUUGAUGAUGGCAAUUUGCAUAUACUCCAGAAUGUUAUGAAGAGUGAUCAGAUGCCAUGAAAAUGAACUUAAUCCCCCAAAAAACAUUUCCACUGCAUUUCAGCCCUGCCACAAAAGGACCAGCUGCCAUCAUGUCAGUGAUUCUCUUGUUAACACAGGUGAGAGUGUUGACGAGGACAAGGCUGGAGAUCACUCUGUCAUGCUGAUUGAGUUAGAAUAACAGACUGGAAGCUUUAGGCCUACCGCUGUUGUGUCACUGGCAAACUUAAUGAUGGUGUUGGAGUCGUGCCUGGCCAUGCAGUCAUGAGUGAACAGGGAGUACAGGAGGGGGCUGAGCACGCACCCCUGAGGGGCCCCCGUGUUGAGGAUCAGCGUGGCGGAUGUGUUGUUACCUACCCUUACCACCUGGGGGCGGCCCGUCAGGAAGUCCAGGAUCCAGUUGCAGAGGGAAGUGUUUAGUCCCAGGGUCCAUAGCUUAGUGAUGAGCUUUGAGGGCACUAUGGUGUUGAACGCUGAGCUGUAGUCAAUGAAUAGCAUUCUCACAUAGGUGUUCCUUUUGUCCAAGUGUGAAAGGGCAGUGUGGAGCGCAAUAGUGAUUGCAUCAUCUGUGGAUCUGUUAGGGUGAUAUGCAAAUUGGUUUUCAUCAAGGAUCUCUCUGUACUUUGCUCCGUUCAUCUUUCCCUCGAUCCUGACUAGUCUCCCAGUCCCUGUCGCUGAAAAACAUCCCCACAGCAUGAUGCUGCCACCACCAUGCUUCACCGUAGGGAUGGUGCCAGGUUUCCUCCAGACGUGACGCUUGGCAUUCAGGCCAAAGAGUUCAAUCUUGUUUUAUUAAGACCAGAGAAUCUUGUUUCUCAUGGUCUGAGAGUCCUUUAUGUGCCUUUUGGCAAACUCCAAGCGGGCUGUCAUGUGCCUUUUACUGAGGAGUGGCUUCCGUCUGGCCACUCUACCAUAAAGGCCUGAUUGGUGGAGUGCUGCAGAGAUGGUUGUCCUUAUGGAAGGUUCUCCCAUCUCCACAGAGGAUCUCUGGAGCUCUGUCAGAGUGACCAUCGGGUUCUUGGUCACCUUCCUUCUCCCCCGAUUGCUCAGUUUGGCUGGGCGGCCAGCUCUGGGAAGAAUCUUAGUGGUUCCAAACUUCUUCCAUUUAAGAAUGAUGGAGGCCACUGUUUUCUUGGGGACCUUCAAUGCUGCAAAAAUAUUUUGGUACCCUUCCCCAGAUCUGUGCCUCGGCACAAUCCUGUCUCUGAACUCUACGGACAGUUUCUUCAACCUCAUGGCUUGGUUUUUGCUCUGACAUGCACUGUCAACUGUGGGACCUUAUAUAGACAGGUGUGUGCCUUUCCAAAUCAUGUCCAAUCAAUUGAAUUUACCACAGGUGGACUCCAAUCAAGUUGUAGAAACAUCUCAAGGAUGAUCAUUGAAAACAGCUCAAUUUCAUAGCAAAGGGUCUGAAUACUUUUUUAUUUCUAGAAACCUGUUUUCGCUUUGUCAUUGUGGGGUAUUGUGUGUAGAUUAAUGAGGAAAAAAGUCAAGGAGUCCGAAUACUUUCGGAAUGCACUGUAUGCAGAGGCUGUAAAACAGAUUGGUGGAACUACAGGAGUGAUGGAGCUUCCAUGGCUGCUCCUGUAGUAAGAGGACCAACUGUCGGGGCUGGUGCUUCUGCUGGUCGCGGCAUGGUUUCAAGACCUGUUCAGAAAUCUUGCGCUCAUGAAUGUGAUGUGUCAAAGGACACUUUGAUAGUGAAUAAAGUUAACUUGAUCACUUUCAUUGGUAAAGUUAUCAACACGACUCGAGUUGUGGAAAGCAGAAAUGCCAGGUUGAAGGCUAUUGUGGAUAUGGCAAAAUAGUUAUUGGGGGUAACAGAUGUUACUGUCGAAAUGGUAAUUGACAUGCUGAAUAAUCCUAAGGGUGGAUUGUUUCAACAUGAUAUAGAUCAAGUUUAAUGGGGUUGGGGGGCUUGGAAGGGUGUUUUGGGGGAGGGUGUGGUAGAAGUUAGUAGAGAUUUAUUUGGUUUGAAAAUUGUAUUUUCUUAGUACAGAGUUAGGCAGCCCAUGAUUGAUCGCACCCUCCAGCACAGUAGGUGCCCGCGUGCACCUUAAAUGUUUGUUUGCGGACCGCCAUGAUAUCAUAGCAAAAGAAGCUGAUGCAGGGGCGACAACGGUAGCUAGCUAGCUAGGAAAACGGUAGACAGUGUUCUUCACCCCCGCCUGUCGGGCACUGCUUUCCUGCAGUUCUGUUAACGAUGGCGAGGGCAGGUGUUCGGCAGGAGUUAGCGAAGGACCCUGGGUGCUAGCUAGCUAGCUAGGACUCCGGUACAUAGCAGGCGGGAGGCAAGAUAGUUAGCUAGCUAGCUAGGACACCGGUAGACAGUGUACUUUGCCCCCGCCUGUCGGGCACUGUUUUCCUGCAGUUCUGUUAAGGGCAGGUGUUCGGCAGGUGGGAGCGAAGGACACUGUGUGCUAGCUAGCAGGCGUUAGCGAAGGACUAGUUAGCUAGACGCAGCCUGACCACGUGAAGGUAAUUGGUCGAGUCUGCUGGGUGGGGCAUUAUACGGUCCUCCAUUUAUUGUCCAAUGGGUUUCCUAGCUCCUCCUUUCACUAAUAGUGCUGUUAUUAAUCACAAACAUGACGUUUUUAAAGAGACAUUGUACCAUUUUCAAUGUAAUCCAUCUCAAUGGGAAAAUAGUGCCUUUACACAAUGUACAAACCAAAUAUUCCACAAAUGAUUUUGUAAUUUUAAUGACAGGUAUUCGUAUCACCAUUUUAGCUUUUAUAAUAAACUAAUGUAUUUACUGUGUUACAUAUUUUUAGGGCACAAUAUGUGCUUCAAAAGUAUCUAGAAUUCAUAUAGGUCACAUAUAAGCUGUAUCUCAAUCAAUCCCCCAAAUAUUCUGGUGCUCCUAAACUUCAUGUGGUGUUCCUACAUUUAAAAACUUGGGCGCACCAGUGCUAUCAAUUAAUUUCUUUAAUUUAGAGUCCUGGGCUGGCGGCUGGCUGGUAUAGACAAACAUGCCUACUCACUCACACAUCAUCCAUUAAAACAGCUGUAUGAAUCUAUCUGUCACACCCUGGUGCUGGGACUCAUUAUUGUUUAUCCAGGGUGUGUGCAGUCUAUGUGUUUAUGUUCUAUGUUGGGUGUCUAGGUUGUUGUUUUCUAGGUUUGUUCAAUGACUCCCAAUCGGAGGUAACGAGUGUCAGCUGUUCGGCUCGUUAUCUCUGAUUGGGAGCCAUAUUUAUUUCUGUAUGUUUUCCUGUGGGGUUGUGGGUUUUUGUUUCCGUGUUGCUGUUUGUUGUAUUCAGCAUUGAACUUCACUUUCGUCUAUUUUGGUUUAUUGUUUUCGAUCGUGGUUUCUUUUAUAAAUAAAGUCUACGAUGUUCGCUCAACACGCUGCGCUUUGGUCUCAUCCUUUCGACGAUCGUGACAGAAAAACCCACCAGAAUAGGACCAAGCAGCGCGUCCAGGAGCAAAGGGUCUGGACAUGGAAGGAACUGUUGGAAGGUAAAGGGUCAUGGACUUGGGAGGAGAUCCUGGAGGGUAUGGAUCGCCGUCCAUGGAGCGAGACGGUGGAGAGGCGACGGCGAGAGGAGCAACGGCGUCGGCAGAGCCAACGUCGUAAGGACGAGAGGCAACCCCAAGAAAUUUUUUGGGGGGGGCACAUGGCUUGGGCGACGGAGCAGCAGGAGGCCGCCACAAGGCAGAGUCAGAGGGCUGCCAGGUUAAGGGGGCUGACGGAGGCAGAGAAGGGAAGGAUUCAGUGGGCUACCAGGUCAAGGGGGCUACUGGGUAAAGCAGAGAGGGAAGGUGUUGAGGCACGGCGUGAGGUACUGGGGUGUGUAACCAGUUCGGUCCGGCCCGUUCCUAGUCCCAAGGUGCAGCCAGUAGUGUGUGUUCCCCGUACGGUACAGCCUGUUCCGGUCCCUCGCACUAAGUGUAAGGUGCGCGUCGCCAGCCCGGUUCGGCCUGUUCCUGCCAUACGCACCAAGUAUGCGGUGCGCGUCGCCAGCUCAGCCCGGCCUGUUCCUACUCCACGCACCAGGGAUACGGUGCGCUUCGCCAGCCCAGCCCGGCCUGUUCCUACUCCACGCACCAGGGAUACGGUGCGCUUCGCCAGCCCAGCCCGGCCUGUUCCUACUCCACGCACCAGGGAUACGGUGCGCUUCACCAGCCCGGCCCGGCCUGUUCCGGCCACUCGCACCAGGGAUACGGUGCGCGUCGCCAGCCCCGCCCGGCCUGUUCCUGCUCUCCGCACUAGGCGUGAGGUGAGUCCCCAGGGUCCAGCAUGCCCUGUUCCGGCUCCCCGCACUAGGCGUUAUGGGAGUCCCCAGGGUCCAGCAUGCCCUGUUCCGACUCCCCGCACUAGCCCUGAGAUGCGUGUCCUCAGCCCGGUACCUCCUAUUCCGGCACCACGCAUCAGGCCUACGGUGCGUCCCCAGGGCCAAGCAUGCCCUGUUGCUUCUCCCCGCACUAGCCCUGAGAUGCGUGUCCUCAGCCCGGUACCUCCUAUUCCGGCACCACGCAUCAGGCCUACGGUGCGUCCCCAGGGCCAAGCAUGCCCUGUUGCUUCUCCCCGCACUAGCCCUGAGAUGCGUGUCCUCAGCCCGGUACCUCCUAUUCCGGCACCACGCAUCAGGCCUACGGUGCGUCCCCAGGGCCAAGCAUGCCCUGUUGCUUCUCCCCGCACUAGCCCUGAGAUGCGUAUCCUCAGCCCGGUACCUCCUGUUCCGGCACCACGCACCAGGCCUACGAUGCGCCUCAGACGGCCAGAGUCUGCCGUCUGCCCAACGGGGCCUGAACUGUCCGUCUGCCCAACGCCGUCUGAACUGCCCGUCUGCCCAACGGCGCCUGAACUGCCCGUCUGCCCAACGCCGUCUGAACUGUCCGUCUGCCAAGCGCCGCAGGAGCUGCCCGUCUGCCAUGAGCCUGCAAAGCCGCCCGUCUGCCAUGAGCCUACAGAGCCGUCCGCCAGACCGGAGCCGCUAGAGCUCUCCGCCAGACAGGAGCAGCCAGAGCCUUCCGCCAGACAGGAUCAGCCAGAGCCUUCCGCCAGACAGGAUCAGCCAGAGCCUUCCGCCAGACAGGAUCAGCCAGAGCCUUCCGCCAGACAGGAUCAGCCAGAGCCUUCCGCCAGACAGGAUCAGCCAGAGCCUUCCGCCAGACAGGAUCAGCCAGAUCCUUCUGCCAGACAGGAUCCGCCAGAGCCAGCCAGCCAGGAUCCGCCAUUUAGCCCGGUGCUGCCCCUUAGCCCGGUGCUGCCCCUUAGUCCGGUGCUGCCCCUUAGUCCGGUACUGUCCCUUAGCCCGGUGCUGCCCCUUAGUCCGGUGCUGCCUCUUAGUCCGGUACUGCCCCUUAGUCCGGUGCUGCCCCUUAGUCCGGUGCUGCCUCUUAGUCAGGUGCUGCCCCUUAAACCGGUGGGGGUCAUUUGGAGGAGGCUACAUAAGCGGGAAGUGACUAUGGUGGGGUGGUGGUCUAGGCCGGAGCCAGAACCGCCACCGAGGAGGUAUGCCCGCCCAGCCCUCCCCUGUUUGGGGGUUUUGAGGCGCGGUCGCAGUCCGCGCCUUUAGGGGGGGGGUACUGUCACACCCUGGUGCUGGGACUCAUUAUUGUUUAUCCAGGGUGUGUGCAGUCUAUGUGUUUAUGUUCUAUGUUGGGUGUCUAGGUUGUUGUUUUCUAGGUUUGUUCAAUGACUCCCAAUCGGAGGUAACGAGUGUCAGCUGUUCGGCUCGUUAUCUCUGAUUGGGAGCCAUAUUUAUUUCUGUAUGUUUUCCUGUGGGGUUGUGGGUUUUUGUUUCCGUGUUUGCUGUUUGUUGUAUUCAGCAUUGAACUUCACUUUCGUCUAUUUUGGUUUAUUGUUUUCGAUCGUGGUUUCUUUUAUAAAUAAAGUCUACGAUGUUCGCUCAACACGCUGCGCUUUGGUCUCAUCCUUUCGACGAUCGUGACACUAUCCAGCAGACCUGGGUUCAACAUAGUGUUUGUUUUCUUUCAAAAACUUUAGCUGUGCUUGAUUGAGCUUGCCUGGUUGCAUUGGAACCAAUGAAAUAGUCCCAAAAGUGUAAACCCAUCCCAUCUGAUUCUGGCACUCCAGGCAGAGUCAAUAAAAGACUCAAAGUAUUUGAAAAAAAGAAAGUUUGAAUCAAGAUAUAUUGGCUUUGUGUGGAGCCUGAUGUGAAACGCAAUAUCACUACGCCCAUUUGAGAUGUGAGCAUGGACCUUCAUGUCCAUUUCUCUGACCAAUAGGCCAUUUGGCAGUGAGAUGGAAAUGGCGAUAAAAACAAAUCAAUGGGCCACUAAUAAAGCAAAGCUGUAAACCGAAUUUACAUGGGGUUUAUGAGAAGAGGAAGAGGAAUUUGACAGAGGAAUAAAAGUUGUCAUUUUGUCUUGGAUUUCACAAGCUGUUGAAGUCCCCAAGCAAACACUGCCCCAGGUUUAGAGAGCUGAUGGGGGAGAUGUUUGGCAGCGAACACUACCGGAGAGUUCUCAAGUCACACAAGGUAAGUCUCAGAAGAGUUGUCAAGGUACCACAUCAAAUCAUAAAGCCUAUGAUGCUUCAUACAUCUUAAUUGGACCAGUUUCAUUGCAGGAGAAAAGUAAUCCUGCUGCAGGAGGAUUUUAUAAAUUUAUUUUUUAACUGAUAAUUUCUAACGGGAAUUAGUUUCGAUAGGCUACAGUAGGCUAUAGGCUGUAUUUCGGAUACACUAUGUUGUAGUAUAGACCAUUAUCUAGUUGUGUUAUUAGGCUAUGUACAACAACAAUUGUUGAUGUGUAUGGCUGCAUUUCAACCUGUAGUAGGACAUCUAUUCUGUCUGGUGAUUUGGUGUUUGAGCGAGCAAGAGAGAAAGAGAACCACAGGUUUUCAGUGAAUGUAUGUCAAUCACAAGGCUCAUUUGAAAAUCCUGCGGCGCAGGAAAAUUCUCAGCGAUAACAGAGUGAUCAAAUUAGCAAACUACACAUGUAGUAGACGUGACAUAACAUGUUCAGACCUGUGUCAAAUGCAUAGCAGUAUGUCAAAUACUUUCAAAUACUGUUUGCGCUCGAUUGAGUUUGUCAAAAUAGAAUAGCCCCAAAGGGGAAAACUCCAAGGUUAAUCAAACACACCUCAAUCGCUUUCACUAGUUUGUUGACAGCGUGUUGUUUAUUAUGUUGUUAUUGUUAAUGUUUCUUUUUGUUGUUCUGUCUAGUCAUUUCAAGUCAUAUCCUGGCAUAACUAGGCCUUGAGCAAUAUGUCACAGCAAUGAAACCCUUUUCCUCACAACCCUGUCUCUCCCUAUUCAUCUUGUCUGGUGAAUUCAUUUUGACUCACUUGCUACGUGUGUUUGUUAUCCAAAGACGGAAUUAUUGUUUCAUUCCAGUAGGUUGUUAGUUGUCACAAAGGCCUUGUUAUUAUUUUGGUGUAACAUCAGGUCCUCAGUGAUUUCCUCACUCACUGUUUUCUCCUUCAUCUUCCAAAAAGCUGCUCGGCACAAUUUCUCUCACAUUCUCAGAGCUGUUAAUUAAUGACAGGAUUGAAUUAUGUUGAGAGUUAAAAUGAAAUGGCUUUAAUUAAACUAAGUCCCAUCCUGAUUCCUAUUAAGGAGAUGUCUGGCUUUUGAUGGAGGCGUCCUUUGGUACUCUUUACUACCCUCUGGUGAGAACAUGGAGUAACUGAAAAAUGUUGUCACCCUGGGUGCAUCUCAAUAGUCAAAAGUGGCUUCCUCUUCUUGUCUCAUUUGAUGUGAUCUGAAAAGCAGGUGAAAGGUUAAUAGGCAUAAUAUGUAGAAAUUGCUCCCCGUUACCUGGUUGCUAAAAUGCUAUCAUGUUUGCCUAAUUUCAGUUUAUGUGACAAAACAAGUGUAGAGAAUCAUUGACAAUCUAAACUGCUGUGAAAUAUAUUUUCUAUAAUAAAAAAUAUUGAAUUUUGAGCUGUUUUAAGCUGGUGUACAAAACCAAAAUUAAAAAGAUGCAAAACCUAAACUUAAAGAUGCGUUAUAAAGGUUUUGUAUAAUUUCAGUCAGUAGUUGAAAAGUAGCGCUCAAUUCGUACAAUAUGUUAAGAAAUUGUAAGUCCAUAAGAUCCCGUUCAGUCUCUUUAAGGAUGGGAAGCAUAGAAAUAGCUCACAUAGAAUGGAUAUGCCGCUUAUCAGACAUGCUUUCAAUGAGAAUGACAGAUCUACAACUCACAUUUCUAUCUGAAUUUGGUUGGGUCGCCCACAAAGCAACAUACUGGACCUUGAAUGAUGACCUAUCACUACACACUGACAGUAAUCAAGACUUGUCAUGUAUUUUGCAUCAGUGUAAAUGAAGGGAAGGACACAAAGACAGGAUGUCACUUUAGACUAUUGAGAACCUUCCACUUAGUAAUUUUCUCUCAACUUAGCACUGGGUAUAAAAAAAACCUUUGUACAGUGCACUUAUUUGACAAAACGAAUAGUUUUAAUAAUCAACUGUUUAUGGAAGCAAAAAAAGAAUGUGACAUAGAAUAUGUGACCGAGUGAUUGCUUUUAGGAAUCUAUCAGGCACAAUAAUCAAAUUGACUGACUGGAAAAUAUUCGUAUAAGAUGAACAUCUUCCCACAGCGAUUUAUACAGGAGCUCUCCAACCACACUGGGUACCCUGUGUCUAGGCUGCUGGGCAGAAAUUCUAUCUGGAAGGUCUACGACACUCUCUCCUGUCAGGUACUGGACUACUGUAUGUAGCUCGCUGUAUACACACUCAGACUCUGAAAUAAACACUAUGCCACAUGUAGGGUUUCCCCUGUGGGGGUAGUUGCAUGUCCCCUUCGAAGGGCAAGGAGCAAGGUGACCAGAGAAUACAUAGUCUACGUCCCAAAUGGCACCCCAUACCCUUUAUAGUCCACUUACUUUGUGAAGGGCCCAUAGGGAUCUGGUCAAAAGUAGUUCACUAUAGGGAAUAGGGUGCCAUUUGGGACGCAUGCAUAGACUUGCUUGAAACCCAUUCAACUCACGUUUCCUGCAUGUUGUCCGUGCCACUAUGUAACUUCCAGUCAUUGCACUAAUACUAGUUAGCAUUGGCUCGCGAAACUACCUCUAACUUCCUUCAUACUGCAAAGAGACAUAAAAAUGGCAUCCACGAGUUCAUCUGACUCUGCAUCCUGCCUGACUCAUUGUACAGGCAGGACACCUACCCUCCAUUCCCCUGCCUAGCUCUCUUGCAAGUUGCCCUGUGUCAAAUAGUUUGGCUUCUAUUGGUUUCAAUUGACAACUUUGAUGCCAGAAAGCCUGGAUGUUGCUCUUUGGGUCUUUGUGCCCCGCCUGGGAACAAACAAUCUAGUGGAAACACUGCCAUGUGAUCAUCUCGGCAGUUGGGCUUGAUAAAUAACUCAAUAGCACAUUGAAAUGAGAAAUAUUCAUAAUUAUAUAAGAGACUUGGCCAUAUUUACAGUAAUACGCAUUCGCACCGGUGCAAAGUGUACAUCCAACAUCUGUUAUUUUCAGAGAUGGGUAUAAAUAGAAAGACUUAUACAGACCAUGAAAUUCAGGGUGCAUCCAAAAUGGGACCCUAUUCCCUAUAUAGUAUACUACUUUUGACAAGAGUCCUAUGCGCCCUGGUCAAAAGUAGUGCACUAUAAAGGGAAUAGGGUACCAUUUGGGAUGUAUCCAAAAAUAAUUACACGGGUAUAGGCUUGGUUGUGACUCAUGUGUUGUGGAAGAUUGCGCUUCAAACAGAACGAUGCUAACGGUUGUCAUUGUACCCCUGUUAGAGGAAUCACAACCUGACCACCCCUGGCUGGGCCACACAGGAAGUACUCAACACUCUACAGGAAAUAUCCUCCUUUGAGGUCGUGUUCAGCGUCGUCACUCACAAGAGAAAGGAAAAGGCCAGGCUCUCAGGAGGUGAGAGGUUAGAGUUUAGAAGGUGUCAGAGGUGCUGUGGGUUGUAAAAGAGUUGAAGUAACGUUGAGUUAAUGUUGUGACUGUGGGCUGAGAGGUUGCUCAUGCUGAGUGGAUGAAUAUGCUGGGGAUUGUGAGUUGGUCUCAAUGUUAUGUUAAUGAGUUGAAUUAUGCAAACAGUUUGUUUGUGUGGAUGUCACUGUGAUUGUUUUUAUAAUGUUGAUCGUUUGUUUAUUGUUUAGGGGUUCUGUUGAAUGCCAUCCUGAGGAAUUUCUCCAAUGCAAUGGAGCAAGGGAGCACACUCAAGUUCAUCAUGUAUUCAGCAGUUAGUGAACACCGCUGGCACACACAUACACACAUAUCCACAUGCACAAAUGUACACUCACACUUCAUAUUAUGCAAUCUGACAUCUAGCAUGUCUCCGUAUUCAUAUUUACACAUUCACAAGCACAUCCACGCAUGACCAAACACAAUGUUAAUGCUAUGUGAUAAUGCAAUUUAUACGACACAAUUAAUUCUAUGUGUCCUGAUGUGUACAUCUCUCUCUCAAGCAUGACUCCACCCUCAUCACUCUCCAGGCUGCCCUAGAUGUGUACAACAGUCUUCUUCCUCCUUAUGCUGCUUGUCAGCUCUUUGAGUUCUACCAAGAGGAUGAUGGGUAAUGUAGUUUUAGUUGUGAUACCUCUAGAAAUAAUAAUAUGUACAAGGCUAAUGUUUUAGCACGAUAAAGUGUAGAAAUGAUUUGGUUUAAAGCUGCCAUAUGUAACUUUUUGGGUGACCCGAAGAAAUUCACAUAGUAAUUCACAUUGAAAGCAAGUCUAAGAAGCGGUAGAUCUGUUCUAUGUGCGCUAUUUCUAUGCUUCCCGUGCUUAAGUUUCAUAUUUGCAUCUUUUAUUUUCGGUUUUGUAUACCAGCUUCAAACAGCUGAAAAAACAAAAUUUUUGGUUAUUGAAAAGAGAUUGCACAGUGGUUUAGAAGGUACAAUGAUUCUUUGCACUGCUCGUCUUGUCACAUAAACAUUUGGCAAACUAUUAGAAAUUUUAGCAACCUGGAAAUGUCUGAGUGAUUUCUGCAUAUUGCACCUUUAAAUGACAACGAAAUGGUAUGCGAGAUGUGAAAUUAGUAUUAAAGUGUUACAGAAAUCUGCAUAACACAUGACUGUAGGCUAUCUCUUUACAUAGUCUGUGUUAACUAUUCCAGGUCCUAUUCUCUUGACUUGUAUUACCGUAAUGACUCAUCUCGUGACCCCUACCCGACCCCUGUGCCUGGCUGUGAGACAACUCCGUGCCCUCUGACCUCAUUUACUGACCUGGUUAAAGAUGUCAUCUCAACGGACUGGGACGCCGAGUGUGGGCUCAAAACAUCAUGGCCCGACACAGGUAAGAAAGGUAGUCCAUAUCUUCCUAAUGGUUCAAAGGUUUUGCUUUAUUACUUUGGCUUAUAGGAGCUCAUUGUUCUGUCAUUCUAUACCAGAAUAACCAUAAAUAUUGCCACAGAUACUGUAAGUAAAAGUUAACAUAAUGUUUACUCGGAAACUGUCACUACUCAUUGAAACAGGACUCUAAGACUGAAAUCUUUAAAAUCUGAUUACUUAUCUUCAUUGACUUUUGCAAGGUGUCAUUGCGGUGCUUGCAGUGACAGUAGCUAUCCUGACGGUGGCGAUGUUGGCCAGCAUAGCAGUGUUUAUUCACCAAAGGAGAAACCUGUACUCCAGGGAGGGGUAG